AUGUCCGAUCCUAUGAAUACCGAACCCGAACCCGAACAGGUGAGCCAAGGUGGCAGCUCCUGGUUCAAUAAGAAAAUAGGCAGAAAAUUGUCUUUGGCCCGCUCUCCCAAAGAAACACCAAAGGAGACCACCGGCCCAAGUGAAACAACAAAGGAGGCCACUGAUCAAAGCGGUAUUGGUCAGUCAGCCAUGGAUGAGGGAGAGAAGGUCAAGACAAACCUGCCUUCUGAGAAUAUGAACGUUCUGAAAGAUACGGCUGGAAAGGGAGAAAAUAUUGGAACCACGGCCAACCAGGGAGACGCGGCGGAGGCAAUUGGUCAAACUGGCUUGCACAAGGACAGUUUCAGCAAGAAAAACAUCGAAGACGUUGGCCAGCGUCUCUUUGGCCACCGUGGAAGUACUUUUGGCCCGAAUAGCGACAUCAAGAAGGGUCCCAUUACGGAGGGAUCUAUGGACCAAAGAGAUACAGGCCAGGAUCUUGUGGGCGCCACUGGCUCUGGAUCUGCAUCUGGAGCCGGAACAAUGGGUACAAGCACUGGAGCUGAUCUACUUGGAGCUACCACUGGAGGAGCUAGCACGUCUAAGACUACUACAUCAGAUACCAAAAUGUCUAAGUCUACUGUAUCAGAUACCAAGACAUCUAGUAUUGGAGGCAUGGGUCCAGGCAUGACUGGCAACCAAGGCAUGACUGGAAGUCAAGGUAUGACCGGCAACCAAGGCAUGACCGACACUCAAGACAUGACCGGAAGUCAAGGUAUGGCUGGCAACCAAGGCAUGACCGACACUCAAGACAUGACCGGAAGCCAAGGCAUGACCGGAAACCAAGGAAUGAUGGGCAAAUCUAGUGUUGCUGGCGGAACUUUUAGCGACAAUUCGAUGAAUCAGGAACUCGACAAUCAAGCACAUAUCGACUCGGAUGUGUUUGGUGAUAAGAAUGGUCUGCAGAAUACUUCGACAGGCGGUCAUGUUUUUUCCUCCCCAGGAAUCGAGCAAAAGCUUGCCGAGAAGAGGAGACUCAGCACAGAAGGCAGACACCAUGAGAAGCAUAAGUCUAUGCGGGAGGGAGGAGGGCCCAGUCAAACUGCUAUUGGCAGUUCGGCCCUCGGUGGUGGUGCUAUGGGUGGCGCCAGUGAUAUGAGCAAAGAUGGCACUAGCCAACAAGCUGGUACAGCGGGACAGACGAGCAAAGGAACAACACAGGCUCGUAUGUCAGGCGUGUCUGGCGGAGGUCUCACACAAGCCAUUGGCCAAGGAUCCACCGGCAAGCGAGGACUUGGUCAAGGUGGCAUGGGUGGUAUGGGUGGUACGGGCCAACGCCCCAUUACCCGUCGCAAGCCUAUGGCAACUAAGGCGAAUCGAUCAGUCGAGGAUGCUGGAAUGGCCUCCGGAACUCCACGGACCAUGAUGCCCAUGGGUAGCUCUAGCUACAAGGUGACUAUACUCCAAGAGAAGGUCCAUGCCGUGUCGCAGAAGUGCAAGACCCAAUUGGGUGGCUCUGCUAGCGAAAUCAGUCAGCGCAGCCCUACUGUGGAUGCUUUCUUUGAUUCAGUGGCGGCAGAGCGUCUCCGUUGGAUGCCUGCCGAUGGAAGUAGACUCGACUGCUGUCUUCGAUGGGCCUCCCGGCUGGCAUAUGCAGUUGAUAAUCUACGGGAGUCGAUCGGUGCUUUCGCUCCUGGAGCAAACGAAGCCGCGAAGCUGAUUUGGGGUUUCGAAACUAUGCUCCUGGAGUCUGAUAUCGACAACACAGAUCUCUUUGAAAGCGUCUUUGGCCGAUAUGGCCGUGUUGCUGUGGGCAUUCGUCUGCUCCUCCAGUACGAGAGUGUAUACAAGCCAUCUCCGGAGCUCCAGCCUGAAGCUGCCGCCGUGUUUGCCGAUCUUUUAGAGCUGGUCUGCAGCACCACUAUCAGUUGUGUUGAGGGAUUCAAGGCUAAGGAGCUUGAUACAGUCAUCAGCCACAACGUUGAUGCGGCCUUUGUGACCUACGCCACUCGCUACUCGACGCACUGGAAUGCUAUCGUCGAGGCUGCAACAUCCAAUGUUGUGAUGCAGAGCACGUUGAUCUGGUCAAGUGAGGAGCUUGGCAGCCUUCGACAGUUCCUCGGCGUGCAGGAUCGUCCUCUUCAGUUCAUUCUUGACUCCCGUAGUCAUACUUUGGCCGAGGGGUCCUUCGAGUGGUUUAACAACACUCUUUAUGACUUCACUGUGGGCAAGCCUCCUGUCAUGCUGGUUACUGGUGGAGCCGGCUGUGGUAAGAGUGCCAUGGCACAGUGGACUGUCGACCGAAUGCAGGAAUCUUCCGAUCACGAAGGCUGGAAUGUGAUUCCCUACACUAUUCGCGCCGAUAUUCCCGUUGCCACUUUGCCUCUACGUAUCUUGAAGGGUAUCUUGCACCAGAUGCUGGACCACUGCGUCAUUGAAAAGAGCAUCCAGGAGGAUAUCCUCUUCCAUGUCGCCAAGGCCGCUCAAAGUGCCCUUGAUGGUGCGGGAGAAGCAGAAGUUGAAGAUAGUCUGUGGAAAGGCAUUCGCACUGGACUGGAAUCUGAUAUUCAGUACAUGUUCGUCGUUGAUGGUCUCGACCAAAUCAAGGGCGGAGACCCCGAUGCCACUGAAUUCAUGGACAAAUUCAGCGAAGUCCUGGCUGAGCAGAAUGAGGGUUCAAAGAUGAUUGUCUUCACCCGACCUCUGAAAUCGAGAAUGAGCUCCCGGAGCAUUCAGCAUUUCAUGGUGCAUGCAUCCCAGACUGAAGCUGACCUGGAGGCCUACGUCCACAAGAAGAUCGUAUCCGCAUUUGAAUCCCAAACCGGAAAUAGUGACCAGCUCGAUACUGCUGUAGCUACCAUUGUCAAACGAUCUCAGGGCUCCUUUAGCUGGGCGGAGAUGGCCAUUGAGUAUGCUCGACAGCAGAGAACCCCUGGCCAGGCUAUUCAGUCUGUGCAAGCACUGCCUCAGGCUAUGCAAGAUAUGCUUGACUUCCAUAUGAAGAACUUGGAUCUCAGCAAGAACGAGGCAAAAUAUGUCCUGUCGUGGCUUGCUGCUGCUGAGCGACCUCUGCUGGUUGAAGAAGUUGAACAACUUUUGGCUGUUGACACGAAAACGACAACCUUCAUGUCUAGCUUCUCUCGUGAGGAUAGUGGAUGGAGCAAAUCAUUGAGUCCUAUUGUGAUGACACGUGAUGGUGUUGUUUCCUUCGCACACACCUGCAUUCGCGACCACAUCAUCAAUCAAGCUAGGUCCUCCAGCGCCACAGCACCGCUUAAUCUGAAGGAAUCCCACUAUGACCUCCUUACCAGAUGCCUUGCAUGGGUGCAGCUUAGCGUCAAAGAAGAGACUGAUGUAUCUAUUAAUAAGCUGGGUAUGGAAGAGCGCAACCGUCUCUUCGACAAAUACGUUAUUCUGGAAUACACGGCACGAUACUGGCUUUCGCACCUUCUGUCUUCGCAGUUGGUGACAGAUGAAGGCGAAUUCUCAUUCAACGCAAGCUUCAGAAAGCUGGUCCCAGCGACCGUUCUGUUUGCUCGUCUUGAACUGACCUGUCGAGAGUCGCAGUUCACCCGAUCCAGCGUGGUCGAACUAUACCGACUGGCGACAGACAUUCGCCGCUUGGUCUUAGGCGAGAAGUCACUGGCACUUCUGCAGAGCUUGCUACUCAGUGCCCGCGUCUCCAAGUAUGCCCACGCUAGCCAUGCGGAUGAGCACUGCUACGAAGCUUGGAAGCUCAGCCAAGAACUCCUUGGCCAGUCCGACUUGAUCACCUUGGCAUGUGCCGAGAUGAUGACCCAGUCGUUCACCGAACGAGGUACCAUGACUUCACAACAGGAGGACAUCAUGAAGUACUUGAUCCUGACCGACUCUGAGAUCACUGGCGUUGAUUUUGCUCAGCGCUUGAAGUACCUUGGCGCAGUAACUGAAAUGUACAGUUACCGCAGCGAGCAAGAAUCUUCUCUUACCAUCUCGAAGGAGUUCUACCAGCAGAUUCUCACGAAAUAUGGCUCAAACUCGAGUCAGUCCUCAGAGACUGCAGACUUCUUGACCAGCCAGUUCGCUGCUACUGGUAGCGACGAGAUGAGCCGCGACAUUGCACGAACCAAGUACGAUAAUGUGGUUCGCACGAUGGAGGUCACCGAUGAGCGCCGUAUCAAGUACACCUUGUACAUGGCCCAGCUUUACGAGCAGCAGGGUGAGAAUGCCCAAGCACAGGGUGUACUCUCCAGCCUGUGGGCUGGUCUCAACUCCCGGGACAUCGACUCCGUUGACAUGAUGGACAAGAAGGCCAACGUUGCCCUCGUUUACUAUCAGUUCCUGCGCCGCCAGGGCAGAAAUGACGAGGCUGAGGUCAUAAUCCGUGAGCUUGUUGCAGACCUCGAGGUCACUGGUGUUCACUCUCCGGAAAUGAUGCAGCGCGUGCAGCUGCUUCGCGCCGAGACUCGCGAAAUGCACAUGUACAGCCUGGAUCGCUCCCUGUCUAUUCUGACGUGGCGCUACUACAAGGAGAUGAACAUGGAAUACUCGGCCGAAGCGAGGAUGCUGGCUCUGUCCCUUGCAGAGAGCAUGGCUAACACCGUCUCUAUCGAGGACAGUCAUUCUCUUUCCGGAAGAGACCGCAGACUGAUGGUUGAGCUUUUGGAUUCCAUCACCUCGUCUUCCGAAAACCUCACUGUGGCCACAUUGAUCCUGUGCCACAAUUUGUCCAGCAUCUAUGUCCGCGAAGAGGAUUGGGUGGAGGCGAGCGACUGCUCCAAAGCUGUCCUGCAGCAUGUAUGGCCUACAGUCGAGCAGGCUGGAAACCACAAGACAUUCUCGGCCGAAUUGGCUCCUCCAAUAGCAGACCUGGCUCUGAUUCUGGCAUACUGCCACAUCCGCAGAUUGCAUCUGGAGCAGGCUACCAUUGUCUAUGAGAAUGCAUUUGGAUCUCUCGUCUCCUCAGAUGGAGUCCCCGUACCUUCGGUGCUGGCUGUUGCUAAGGCCGUUGUUGAAUUCUACGAGACAACCUUCCAGUUCAACAGAGCUCUGACUCUUCUGCACUCGGUCAGCGAAUUCUUGACUAUGAGACUAGGCGAGACUCACCAGCAUACCAUCGAGAACUUCUACCUCGAGGCUGCGCUUGCCAGUCGUUUGGAGAUGACCCACGAGGCUAAGAGCACAUACCAGCGCAUUUACAGGUGCACCACCCGCGACGGCAAGGUUGAACCCCAGGGCUUUGAAGCUGCUCUCGCACUUGUUGCUUUGUACGAAAAGGAGCUCCAGUGGGAUGCUGCUCUGGAUGUUUACCGCCACGUAUGGCCUACCGUGGUUGUUGAGGACAAUAUGACCUCCAGCUACGACCGCGUGAGAAUCGAGAAGAUGUUGGAAAAGACCUACAUUGGAUAUAUGACUAUUCUCACUACCCGCUCCAAGCUUACCGACUUCUCUGAGCAAUACAAGGUCGCUUCAGAGUACGUGAUGACUUGCCGCAACGUCUAUGGUCCCACGAGCCAGAAGACACUGAGCGCCACUCUGCUCUUCGCCGAGCUAUGCGAGAGCAGCGACUCGCAUAUCGACGAGGCUAUCUCACUCUACAAGAAGCCAUUCCAGACUAGCGAGUGGGUGCCAACCUCCCAGUCUUCCAAGGGUCUCGACCAGAUGACUGCACCACUGCCCAUCACGCUCAAGCACAAGCUCGCCCAGCUAUUCGUCCGCAAGCGCGAUUCCACAAUGGAAGCCCGCUCCCUCUACACAGAAGAGUUCCAGCUGGCAAAGAAGACCCAGGGCUACUUCUCCAGCACGACGCUCUCCUGGCUCCGCGAGCUAGCCCUCGCGCACUCCCGCCAGGGCACGCACGCCUCCGUCCAGCAAGGCUGCGCCAUCCUCCAUACAUACGUGACGGACGUCCUCCAUUCCGGCGGCGAAUCCGACUCAAUGAGGGACUGGGCCCACAAGGUCGCCGCGAUCUACCUAGAAUGCGGCUUCAUUGACGGUGGCAACAGCAUGCUCGACGAGCUUCGCCAGCGUGUAGUCUACGGCUCUGACACCUCAGCCAUGGCACUUGGAGAACGGCGCGAUGCCGUCUUCGCCGCUGCCUUCGAGGAAGCGUUCGGUCGCCGCGCAAGCUACGAACAGAUCAUGAGCGAGAUGGCCCGUGAGAUGCAGACUCAGCAGACCUUUACCAAGAGCCUGUCCGGUCACGACUUCAUCCCGACUCUUAUUACUGGUGAGCGUCUUACGUACCUGCAGACGGAGCAGAAGCGUACUCGUGUUGCGACGGAGACUCGUAGCAGACUGUACGAGUACUUCUGCACUACGCUAUCCGCGACUGCGAUUUCGGAUCGCAAGAUCGUUCAGCAGUUCUAUGGUAUCUGUCUGCGUGAGGUGCAGAAUGAGAACUACAACAUGGGUAUCUUGAACACGACAACCAGUCUCGUUCGCGAUCUAUGUAACUCUGGCAAGUUCCAGGAAGCAAGUGAUGUUACAGGCGUCCUGCAUUCAUUCCUACACCUGACAGAUGGUCUGAAUAGCUACGAUAGCAUCAUCACCGCUUCAAAACUCUGUCUAUACCUAACUGGACACCAAGCAACCCGCUGCCAGAAUGAUAAGCUCUCCAGCGAGAUGUCCAUGAAAGCAAAGGACCUCCUUCAGGAACUCCUAGCCUCAGCCAAGACCCUCGGCUUCGAAAUAGUCGACCUCCCCUUCCACGAACUGAACGACAUUAUUACCCUGCUAGGCGAAUUCGAGAUGUUCGAUGACCUUGAGGCAAUCCUAACCCAGCUCUGGACAUCCCGUAUUGUCCAACGAACCUGGACACCAGACGUAGUCGUUUGGAUCGGCCGCCGCCUAGUCGAAACCCGCUUCUGCCGAGGCGCAAUCGAUUCUUCAAUCCAGCUUUGUCGCGAUAUCUGCUACAACCUCCGCCAAGUCUGGGGCAGCUACGACAAUGUCACGUUGGAAAUGACGAAACUUCUAUCGGGACUGUUCACUGCAUCGGGUGAUCAUGCUUCUGCGGCUACGCUGCAUGAAGGUGUUCUUCAUGAUUUGCUUAGUGAUUCCGAUGCGACGUCGCAUCCACAGGCUGCUGAUACGGCUAUGCAGCAUAUGGAGUUGCUUAGUCGGGCUCAGAGUCGUGGUGCGGGCUUGAGUUCUGCUAGGUCGUCUGCGCAUGCGGAUUUGGUUGCGCAGGUUACGGAGAAGUUUGGAUUGAAGUCUGGACAGAUUAAGGGUGUUGGGGAGGCGCAGGGAGAGUCGUUUGGAGUUUGGUCUAAGCCUAGACGGUUUAGCAUUGAUAUUGACGACUUGGAUGAUCAGGGACAGAUGCAUCAUAAUCAUCUGAGGGAGUCGAGUGGAACUGGUAUUAUGAGUGGUUCUGGGGCGAGAAGAAUCUCGGUGCAAGCGCUGUAG